UAAUAGAGUGUUCUUUGAAACGUGUUGCAUCUUUUAUAUAACUGCAGCCAACAUGAAAGUCGAAAUUUGUGAGAAGUUUUGGAAUGAAAAGUCUCGUUAUGAUGUCGCUGAAAGACAAUACUACGAAGGAUUACACAAAGUCACUGAUCAGAAAAACUGCUGUCCUUUAGUUUCUGAAAUUGCAAAAGCAAGAGAGCACAUACAAACUUCAUUGGAAAAGAUUGGUGAAACUUCGUGGAGCACUGGUGGUAUAGAUGAAAUUUUAAAUAGAAUGUCAUUAUAUGAAGCUGAAACAAAGGAGUUGAGAAAUCUUGUAAUAAAUUUGAGCAAACAGAACAAUGAUGCACUCAAACGUUUAUCUUUACUAGAACAACGACUUGGAACUUUUGUAGGACAAGGAAAUAUUAAUAAUGAUGUUGUUGACCAAUUCGGAUCAGAUAGUUAUGACAAAAAGUGCUGAGACUAGCCGAAAAAAAAAGUGGAACAAAGCUUAUUCAAAAAUAAACCUAAUAUAAACCUUCUAGUUUAAUUCUAUAUUUAAGAUCAUUGGAUGAUUAAAUCAGUCUAAUGAAAACGGCGAUACAUGUAAUUUUGUAGCCGUUGCUUUUUGAAUCCAAAAAUAAAGCAUUGCAUAUGUUGUAGAAAAUUAAAAGUUAUCUAUCGAAAAUUAUUAAUUGGAAAAUUAUACAGAGCGUCGAUGUAAUAGUUGCAUUCAAUAAAAAUCAAUUAAAAAAUA